AUGUCACGCGAAGGAAGUCGUGGCAGGGUUGUACAAAGAGAUGAGCGGCUGUUAAAGGUGUCGAAAGAUAGUGGCCGCGCAUUCAUGGUUCCGGUGAGACGACGUGAUGCUGCUACGCUCACGAAUAUUAUUCUCAAAUUCAUCCGACCAGGAACUACAAUAAUGUCCGAUUCAUGGAGAGCAUACUCGCAGUUGUCGAGAUUGCCUGCCGGAUAUCGACACCUCACCGUGAACCAUAUGGUUAACUUUGUCGAUCCUCUUACUGGCGCCCACACCCAGAACAUCCAAUCGUUGUAA